AUGAAAACUACAACAAAAACAAAUUUACAUGAAAUCAAAUAAAAACUCCCAAAAGCCAAAAAAGAAGAAUAUUAGUAAAAUAAUUGGCUGUUUUAAUUUUAAAAGGGAGGAAUAGCUCCAUCAGAUGAAUUAGACAUGUUAUAAGACAAUUUAUUAUUAAAUGCAAUACCAGAUGUAGUAUAUAAUGAAAAUUAUGCAAAAAUAUUAAAUCCAGAAAAUGAUUUUUGUUUAGAAAUACUACCUAAAGAUAGUCUCUUAUUAUCAAAUUUUAAGUUUAGGAUAAAUGCAUAUUUAGAUUUGACAAAGAAUUUAUAAAAAUAUGAAGAAGUUAACAAUAUAACAAUCUUUCCUAAAGAAGUAAAAGUAAAAUACAGUGAAGAGUGGUAAUAAAAGAAUUCAAAUAAGUAAACAAAUGUUGAAAUUAAGACUAUUUAACAGAUAUCUGAUGUUUUUUUUAGUACUCCAUAUAAAGGAACGAUAAAGAAAUAUUCAAUAUUAAGUGAUAUUUAAAAAAAUCAUAGUUAUUUGAAAGAUUUAUUAUCAGUUUCUUAUCAAUUUAAUAUCUAAAAAGAAUAAUUACAAUUCCCUUAUGCUGAAAAAACAAACGAUGAGAUUCCUCUCGAAAAUUUAACUGAAAAAAACUAAAUUAAAUGGGCUAAUAUGAUAAAUUUAUGGGAAGACGAAUUGGGUGAUACAGGAUAUACAAGUAGUGAAUUCAGGUUUAGAGUUAUGGGAGAUUGCUUUUUUGGAUUAUUAAGACAUUAUUUGAGAGUCGAUGAUGUAAUCAUUAGGAUUUAUGAUACUAGAUAUUAUCAUGAUUUCACUUGGAAUUAUAUACUAAGAGAAUUUUAAGUUAGAGAAGAUACUUAUAAAAAUAUUAAAAGUAAAGGAUUUGAAUUUACACCUUAAUGGAAUUUAGAUUAAGGUAAUUUUUACUAUUUAUAGUUUGUAUUUUUUUUAUUUUAGGAUAAUCUCAUGCUAUUUACCAAUUUUUGGAUGUUAUUCUAGUUGAAAGAGAGAAAAUUUAUUUUAAAUGAUAUAUAUCUGUUUUUAUUUAUAUAUUAUUUAAAUUAUAUGGAAGUAUUUUUUUCGAUAGAUAUAUAUUUUUUGAAAAAAAAAACAUUUGUAUUAUUUUAUUUUUUUUACUUAGUAAAUUAAAAUAUACAAUGA